AUGCACGCCAAGGUCGCAACCGCCCUCUUCCUCUCCAGCCUGGCCAUGGCCGCUCCCGCCAUCACGGAGGAACCCGCAGGCGUGGGCAUCCCCGUCAUGACCGAGGCCCCCCUCUAUUCGGUCGAGCAGGCCGUGGCCAGCGCGAUUCCACAGUCGAUCAGAGAGCAGCUCAGCAGCGCCUAUCUAUAUGGCAGUGUUGAGGAGAUCGAGAGCAUUGGCAACUAUGUCUUGGACGAGUUCAUGCACAACUCCGCCUGGGCGGAGCGUCUGCCCGCUAGCGACCUGGCUAUCCUCUCCUCUGAAGUCAGGGCGGCGUACUCCACGGCUGGCCUGCUCAUCCCCCCGAACUCUUCCGCCUCUCUCACGGCUGGCUCCUCUACCCCUCUAGCCACGGCGACUGGGACCAACAGUGGCUCUGGAUCAGACCACGGCUCGACCCACAGCUCGGACUCGACUUCAACUUCAACCUUGACUUCAACUUCGACCUCGACCACGGCUUCGGGCAGCAAGCCCACAACGACUAACGGCGCUACUGCUCCUACCGCCCACGUUGCCGCCAGCUUCGCCGGUGCGGCCGGUCUGCUAGGUUUCAUGCUUGCGCUAUGA